CGAGACAUUGUUAAAACGCCAUCCAAAAUAGACGCUCAAGAUCACAGUUCUUUCUGUUUGAACCACAACGUCGAAACCUAAAAUCCAAGGUAAGAAAAGUUUUUUAGAACAUAAGAUAUGCUCCUCAGAAUGACUUAAGUAACAGUAUUGAUGUCCACUGCAUAAAUGGCGGACAAGUUGUAGACCUUGUCAUGGUUUGGAAGCCAUCUUGGCGCUUGAGAAAUGAGAAUCGUAUGUCAAAUAAUUUCCGUCAAACGGCUGUUUUGAAAAAAGUAUGAGUGGUUACCUAAAGCUACACAGCGAAGGAUUGUACUGACUUUUUUUUUUUGGACCGUACCUGUGCUUAAAUUUCUCCAGACGCUUGCUUUAGAUUUCCCACAUAUUUCUCACGCGGUUGCUUACACGUCAAGAUUGCUUCCAAAACCAUGAAAAGGUCUAUUGUGACAGUUGACUCCUGAUCUCGAACCCUCGCUAACUUGAAUCAGAAUCAAUUUCCCUUGGAUUUGUGUCAUAUGUUUACAGUAAUUUUACCCUCGGUAACUUGAACCUCCCCCUAACUCAAGUAAUUUUUGUUUCUUGCAGACUAUUUUUAGAAGCUUCUAAUUCACCUAAUCUUUACCCUUGACAACCUGAACCACGUUUUACGUCGAAAAAAAUAUUGUAGUGAAGUCCUAAACACUGAAUUUAGCGUCAAUUAUUUGCCUUUUGCAGGGGUGGUGGAUCAGGUGGGGGGUGUUGGCUGGGGGUCUUAGCAAGCGCACUUUUCUGAAGGAAACAAUCAGGCAGGCCAGUGUUCUAACAGCGGGAUAUAUGGAAGGCCAAGAAAUAUGUCUCAAGUUUACAAAAUCUCCAUGAUAUUUCUAGAGAAUGGCAGUACCUCUCAUUUUACACUUUAUCCAGGUUGCAUUUUUUAAAGAAAUAUCUCAAAAGAGCGUUGAAAAUGCCAUUUCCGAGGACCUGUCUUUUGGGCGUGGUAAAAAACAUUUCUAAAUAGCCUCAUUACUCUUAUGAAAUAAAUAAAUAAAACUAUAAAAUAACAACAUUAAAUACUUUCUAAGGUACUUUAUUGUUAUAACUACUUUGGCAGUUGGUAGGUGUCCCUGAUUACUUUAUGUUUGCAAACCAGAAUACAGUUUCUAACAUAACACAUUAACAAAGUUAUUUACGGUAAUGAUUUUAUUUUCUUUUGAAGGGUGUACAAUCGAAGUGGCACUCCAUACUCCAUGUCUUUAAAGUGUAAACAGUGUGGAAAGUAUUUUAGCCAAGCAGGAAGCUUAAAAACUCAUGAAAGAGUUCACACUGGAGAAAAGCCUUAUGAAUGUAAACAGUGUCACAAGUGUUUUAGCCAAGCAGUUCAGCUAAGGAAUCAUGAAAGAGUUCACACUGGGGAAAAACCAUAUAAAUGUAAACAGUGUGACAAGUGUUUUAGCCAAAAAGGAAGUCUAACAUGUCAUGAAAGAAUUCACACUGGGGAAAAGCCUUAUGAAUGUGAACAGUGUAGCAAGUGUUUUAGCCAUGCUGGAAGCCUUAGGAUUCAUAAAAGAGUUCACAGUGGAGAAAAACCAUAUAAAUGUAAACAGUGUGACAAGUGUUUUAGCCAAAAAGGAAGUCUAACAAGUCAUGAAAGAAUUCACACUGGGGAAAAGCCUUAUGAAUGUAAACAGUGUGGCAAGUGUUUAAGUGAUGCGGUAGGCCUAAGGAUUCACAAAAGUCUUCACACUGGGGUAAAGCCUCAUCAAUGUAAACAAUGUGGCAAGUGUUUUAGCCGAUCAAAAGACCUAAGGAGACAUGAAAGAGUUCACACUGGGGAAAAGCCUUAUGAAUGUAAUCAGUGUCACAAAUGUUUUAGCCAAGCAGCUCAACUGAAGAGACAUGAAAGAGUUCACACUGGGGAAAAGCCCCACAAAUGUAAACAGUGUGACAAGUGUUUUAGCGAAGCAGGAAAGCUAAGGAUUCAUGAAAGAGUCCACACUGGGGAAAAGCCAUUUGAAUGUAAACAUUGUGGCAAGUGUUUUAUCGAAGCAGGAAAACUAAGGAUUCAUGAAAGAGUUCACACUGGGGAAAAGCCAUAUGAAUGUAAACAGUGUGGCAAGUGUUUUAGCCGGUCAGGAGACCUGACAAGACAUGAAAGAGUUCACACUGGGGAAAAGCCUUAUGAAUGUCAACAAUGUGGCAAGUGUUUUAUCGAAGCAGGAAAACUAAGGAUUCAUGAAAGAGUUCACACUGGGGAAAAGCCUUAUGAAUGUCAACAGUGUGGCAAGUGUUUUAGUGAAGCAGCGAAGCUAAAGGUUCAUGAAAGAGUUCACACUGGGGAGAAGCCAUUUGAAUGUAAACAGUGUGGCAAGUGUUUUGGUGUAGCAGGAAGGCUAAAAAUUCAUGAAAGAAUUCACACUGGGGAAAAGCCAUUUGAAUGUAAACAGUGUGGCAAGUGUUUCAGCCGAUCAGGAGACCUAAAGAGACAUGAAAGAGUUCACACUGGGGAAAAGCCAUAUAAAUGUAAACAGUGUGGCAAGUGUUUCAGCGAAGCAGGAAAGCUAAAGGUUCAUGAAAGAGUUCACACUGGGGAGAAGCCAUUUGAAUGUAAACAGUGUGGCAAGUGUUUUAGCCAAUCAGGAGACCUAAAGAGACAUGAAAGUGCUCACACUAGGGAAAAGGCUUAUGAAUGUAAACAAGUGGUUUUGUCAAUCAGGACACUUUAAGAGUCACUCAAAAUCCACAGCAAAAAAGUGUCACAUAAAUGUGAUAGUAACAAGGGUCUUUUUAAGAGUUUGCAUUGUAAGGUUAAGAGGGCAGGAUUGACUAACAGAACACUGUUAGAGAGCAUCUGUCAAGAGGAGAUGAGUACUGAAUCUCUUCUUCUUCAACAUUAUGAAAACCGUAUGAGGCAUGUUGCUGUAAAAGACUCACAAAAUUAACAAAUGCUCGAGUCUGAGUGUUGUUAAAUUUUGUUUGGUUUUUGUUGGGUUUGCAUUUACAUGUAAGCUGCAUAAACUAUCUGUUUUGUCACCUUUGAUUAAUUGGUUGCGUUGAGUUUGAAUUGUGUUUCCCGUAAAUGGGUUUUAAAAAAGUUCUUGAAAUAUAUUAAUGUUGACGGUUUUGUACAUUGGCAAUUCAAUUUGUUGGUGAUCUUUUAAUAAUUCUAGUGACAAUCACACCACUAGUGAAAUUAGAUGAUAAAGAAAAUGUUCAGACUUUGAGCGCUGAGGUCGUUGCUUGAUGGAUCAAAGAACUGCCAUUCUCCUGCCAGUCCUAAUAGGUAAACAAUUUCGGAUUUAAACUGAAAGGAGGAGAUCUUUCUUACACUCCUCGGAUUGUUGGUACAGGCUACUUUUUUACUUUAUAUACCUUUUAUAUAUUAUCUAAACCCGUAGAGUAGCUUUUCUUCAGAGAUAAUAAAGCGCUUUUAUGCUUCAUACAAUGAGUAGGUUGUCAAAUGUUAGACUACGAGUAGUACCCCAUUUUUCCUCAGGGAUAGUAGAGCGAGCGAAACGCGAGGGCGUGUGAAAAUCACCCGACGCGAGAAAAGGCGACACGCUUUUUCUCGCGAGGGGUGAUUUUCACGCGCGCUCGCAUUUCGCUAGCUCUACUAUCCCUGAGGAAAAAUGGGGGACUACUCGUAGUCUAGUCAAAUGUUGCCAAGAGUUGUGCAAAGCUACCUUUAUAGGUGUUAUACCUUUGAUGUUCUAAACAUCGCUUUUGGUUGCUGAAUUUUGUCACCCAUCCGGGAGAAUUUUGUCACCCAAUAGCACUAUGUGUUUUUUUUACGUGACCCACGAACUGAUGCACAAAAUCAGGCUAAGUAAUAAAGUGUGGCACUCUUUCAUUUUAGUUCACCCCCUACUCCCUACUCAACCCACCCCCCAAAUCAUGUGAACGUGAAUCAAAGCCGAAAAAAAAUAGUCCCUUAGUUUUGUUUACGUGACCCGAGAAUUGAUGCACACAAUCAGGCUAAGUGAUAAAGUAUGGGACCCUUUUAUCUUGGUUCACGUUAACGUGAAUCAAAGCUGAAAAAAUUGUCCCUUGUGUGUUGUUUACGUGACACGUAAACGGAUGCACGCAAUCAGGCCAAAUAAUUAGGUAUGGGACCCUUUCAUCUUGGUUCCCGCCCCCCCUACUAAACCGACCGGCCCCUAAAUUAUAACGUAACCAAUGGACCAAUGUACAAGAUAAGUAGUGGUAGAGGGGUGAUUUAUUCCGUUUUGGUGCCUAGCAAGUGCCUAGUCCUGCAUACCAAUUUUAUAAGUGUCUAGUCAGCGUCCAGCUAACUAGAUAAAAUUGCGUUCCUUCACACUAAUCGAAGUUUGACCGGUUUUUGAAAUAUGUUUAUCGUGACAUUGACCGUCCUAUUGAUUGGCUCCGCCAGAAGAAGUUGGAGCCUGGUUGCCCUGCGGCUUUCCCAGUUCCCAAGUAAAUGGUCAUAAUUUGUCCUGUCAUCUGCGCUGUUUUUUCUUUUUGGACUGCCUCCGGUUUUCGUUCCUUUUUGUGAAAUUGCCUCGUUUUUUGUUGCUGUUUGCGAGUAGGCGAGGUUCGAUACCUCAGCGAGUUUGGCGGACGGGUUCCCCCUCCAUACAGGAGCCGAUUACUAAGUAAUCGGCUCCUGCUCCAUACUGUUUUUGUGCUGUUGUGUGUGUGUGGCUGUUGCUAGGAUGUCGUUUAGCGCCAUUGCACUCACCCCACCGAGGGGGCGGCCACUCACCUUAAAUAUAAAAGAGGUUAGUCUUUUCCUCGAGAUAGAACGAAGAAAACCAUGGUCAGCAUAAUACACAUUGUACUGUCGCAAUUUGUAAUAAUCAUCGCACUUUGUAAUACCUGUCGCAGUUUGUAAUAAAUUCAUCGCAAUUUGUAAUACUUGUCACAAUUUGUAAUAAACCGUGUCACACUUUGAAAUGAAAAAGCUGUCGCAGUUUGUAAUAACUGUCCAUCGCACUUUGUAAUAAACUAACCUGUUGCAAAAAAGCCUUUAAAGAUCUAAUUUCCAGCCCCCUUUCAAUUUAGGCGCUCGGUCAAUAUAUUUUGCGUUAUACUGUGUAAUGAAAUGUUUUUAGGAGGUAAAAAGAUAAUUUACAUCAACUGCAGUGAUUAACAGUUCAGCAGAGGUAGUAGGGAGGGUGGAUAAAGUCUUGAUCCUUAUAAAGCUACUCCGUUGAAAAUUUAAUGUACGGACCGGUGUUCACGCGUUUCUUUAUUUAUUGGUACUAUUAUUAUUAUUAUGCCUUUUUUUUUUUUGGCUUGUCGUCUCCCGGGAGUUUCCAACUACAGUCUUGUAAGCGAUCGCAUGGUAAAGCAAUAGGGGGUUGUUCCUUAUAAGAGCUUCAGAAAGUAAUUGCGCAUAAAGAAAAAACAAAAGGAAAUACUGUUUAAUAAGUAUCUUUAUAUAAGCUUAUAUACACACGGCUAAACUUUACGUCCAAUUUUUACCACUAUCGAAGACUGCACUUUCAUCGAAGUUUUGAUUUAUAUCAAAACAACUCUCGCUUUUAUACGAGCGCUUAAAAACGAAGUCCAAGGAACCCAAAGGUCCAGUUGGGUAAUUCCAAAAGAGGUCGCAGUCGCUUACGAGAGCUUUUCAUUACAAAGUUUAAGCAUGGAUAAUAGUGAUGGUUUAAGUCACAGUUCUAACGGGGUUUCACCCGGGGGUUUCACAAAUGUGGUAGUAACUAUUGGUCGCUUACGAGUUACAAGAGUGGUCGAAAGGAGAGUUUCGAUUGUCCUCAUGCACGUUAUUAGACUUUCUCAAAGUCAUUCGCUUCCCAUUUCCGGUUCAGGUAGUUGGCCCAAAAAACAUGAAAAAUCUUCCCGCUCGCGCUUCGUGCUCGUGAAAAAAAUUGAGCUCGACUUGUCAGGGACACUCAACGACGGUUUUCUCCUAAAUGCAUUGAAAACACUUUUUAGACUAUCCAAAGUACUUUUAGAUCUUUAGAAAUACAUUUUCUUUCGGCGCUAUAAAAAUUUAUAUCUGUUCGGUCAUCCUAGGGCAAUUUGAAUCUUUUCGAAAUUACAAAGGCUUGAGUAUUAUUUUCCCGAAAAUUUUAAAUGCAAUUUAAAGUUUUACGAAAGUGAGAAUUUUUCUGAUUUCUCUUUCCUUCGCAUUUUCGAAUCCGAAAAUUUUAGGUUUCUUUUUCUGUGAAAAAUAGCUUAAUCCGUGGAGUGAAAUGCAAAAACUAAAACUUCAGAAAAUGAAAGGGGAUUAUUAGAUAAACUUCGAUAAUAUACAUGAAUGAAAAAGUCAUCUAGAAAUUCUGAGCCUCCCUCAAGGUAUAGAAAAUUCUAGGCAAUUUUUGCUUCUCCUAACAGAUAUUUUACAGAAAACAGCCUUUGAGUGCCCCUCACUUCGGUUGUUUGGCAAGACUAGCACGUUGUACGUGCCUAAGUUUUGUCCGAGCCAGUCUGAGCACUACUUUUUGGGUAGGUACGUCAUGUACUGGAACAUUAAAUAUAAACAGACGGACAGUUUUUCUCCACUCACACGAAGUAGUACCCUCCUAGUCUCUCUUCACUCAGAGUUCUCGACUUUCGAUCCACAACGCCGAAUCCCAAUAACCAAGGUAAGAGAAGCUUUUCAUUACAUGAUACAUACAACUAAGAAUGGCGUAAGUGACAGGUUUGAACGAAACAACAGCAAAGAUGAGCACAGAGAUUGACAUGACUUGAGGGUUCACCCUUAUUUAUCUGUUCUUACAAAUUAGCGAAUUUCGUAUUUAUUGGACUCGUAGCCCUGCGUUUUGAGCUUUUCAAACUCUUAAAUACCGUUUUGUACAUAACUCAGUCUUGAUGUUAUGCGGUAACCGGUCUUUCCGAUACAUAGUCGCUCGCAUAACUGUUUUGCACGGCCAGUCCAUGGACUGUGGUGAAGUUUAUCGAUUAGGGUUAGAAAACUGAGUGAAUCAAGUUCCAUUAUAAAUCAUUACAGUUGAUUCCCGAUAACUCGAAGCAUCGCUAACUCGAACCUCGCGCUAACUCAAACCAUAAUCGAUUUCCCAAGGAUUUCCUUUAUUGCUGGUUCGCACUUGACGUCACGGCAGCCGUGUUGGUGGUCAAGAACAAAAGCAUUUCUCUCCUCUGGGAACUAAACUCUAUUUUCGUGUUUAUUCUUCGAGAAAAAUUUCUAUUGUAUUGACCCCCCAACAUGGCCACCUUGUCAUGUGUUUGCAAACCAAGAAUGCAUUUACUGUAAUUUUACCCUCGGUGAUUCGAACCUUUGAUAACUUGAACCUUCCGCUAGCCUGUGUACAGCCGCCCCUCGGGUACCCGCCUAUAAGGCUAGCCCAGUCGAUUUUGAAACCCAAAUUUUAUUCCGUAGAUAAGACCCUCCGAAUAUAAGCCCCUCAAAAAGGGUCUUUGAAAAAUAUAGGCCCCGGGGCUUAUUCUCUGAAUUUUACGGUAGCUGGUGAUUAGCUGAUCUGUUGACUCGAGUCAGAAAGGGAGUGGCCACAUCACCCAUGUAGAUCUUAUAAAACAUGCUGGCUUGAAGGAGAAGUCUACGAUCUUUCGGUGAGUCCCAUCCCAGGCAUUCCAACAUCGGAGAAACAUGGCUAAAAGUCGAGUACUCAUUAAGAACAAAUCGGGCUGACAAAUCAUGAUGACAAAAAUCCAAUGAUUCUGGCACUUUUUCUGCGCUGACCAAAGUCCCAACGUUUAAUCGUCGACCCUUUUCGAAGUGCAUGCUUACAUGGGGAAUGUAUGACGACAAAAAUGAAAACCACUCGCAAAAAUAACCUUUCAGUGAUCUUCAGUUUUCUCCUCUCGUCCCAUCGCUUCAUACGGCUCAGUCUGGUAAAAAUGUCCAUAAAGCCUUGGUUAAGGUGAUUCCCUAGUUUUGCACUGCGCAUCUCUUACUGCGCAUAACAAGAUGGCCGCCGUAAAAAAGAGCAUGUAAAGUAAUAUUAUUAAAAUGGAGUUGACUGAAAAGAAACGCUAUUGGAAUUUUUGCUUGCUGUUGUUUCUUGCCGAGGUGAGACUCAAUGUGUUGGGAAUGUGCAUAACGUAAGCAGUACGCGUGUUGCUGAAGUCGACCUCCUCUCGGAGAACCUCGAUAGCUUGUGCUUACUCACUUUGAUUUUCAUUUAAACACUUUCUUUAUCACAUUGUGUCCUAAAUGUGAUACCUCAAUGUAAAUUCUGUAAAAACGGAUUUUUCAAUACUUUCUUCCCCCUUUCACAUACAUUCUAUUUUGAAACUCGCCCCAGUCCUCUCUCAAAAAUCGGAGAAAAUGCGUUUGGUGCGCACUUUCUGCAACUCUACCGCAAAAACGAGUACGGUGACCCCCAUUUUUUAUUUUAUGAUUUUAAUAAGGACAGUGCUUCCUUUCGAUGAGAAAAAAAUUGGCACAAAUCUAUGUUCAGUUUUUUUGCAAUUUUACUAAAUUGUACGGAUUGAGCCAUCACGGGUCGAAAAGCGCUCGUCCAAUUUAAUUCUACUUUGGAGCGUAAAGUAAAAACAAGGGCAUUAAAAGGCAUUUUUCUGGUACGUAAGUGGAUAAACAAUACAUUAAAGUCAAAUUCUGUGUGAUGUCACAUGCAUCAUCGAAAAAAUCUCUCCUUUUUGUCUAGUUUUGCGCUGCCCGCGGUUUUUGUAAAAGGGUCCUAAAUAGCCGUAUUUGUCAGCAUUGUGACGUCAAAACGAGCACGGUGACCCCCACUUUUUAUUACUUUUUUAUCAUCUUCUUGACUUGUUACAUCAGUGUACCAAGUUUUAGCUAAAAUCUAUGUUAGGUUCUUUUACUAUGGAAUCACCUUAACUGCACACCGAACGAAAACAAUUUUUUUGAACAAAAACAUGUCUGACUGAGGGUCUCCUUUACCCCUUUGAAGUUACGUAAAAAUAUAGACACUUUUCACGCUUCACGAAUAAUUCAUAAAAUUUCUCUACGAUCAUGUAAAAACUGAGUAAUUCCCUUUUCCCGGAAAGAAAUGAGGGAGUAUAACUCUCAUUGUACGUGCCUAAGAUUUUUACCAUUGUCCGAGCCAGUCUGAGUACUAGUUUCUGGGCAGGUGCUUUAUGUACGGGAACAUUAAUACAAAACGCUGUUUGGAAAAAAACGGUCACAAUCACUUGAUCUUUUGUGUUGCUCAACGUAACUGCGCGGAAACCUUAUUAACAACGGUAAGAAAGGCUUUUUAGUGCAUGUUGUAUACAUAUUAGAAGAAUAACUUGAAGACAGGAUUGAUCGACACAGCAGAAAAGACGAGAUUUUAGCCCACAUAAAUCACAGCUUCCCUGGCGGGUGAUUUGUGCUGCUUUAUAAUUCAGAUAACUGCCUGUUGGCUAUUCGCACGAGACCCGUACACCAACUUGUGUUUGCUUUUCACACCGCAUUCUGACUAUAUUGAUUAGGGUUAAGCGCUGAAAAUAGUAACAGAUUUAAUAGAGUUAAAAACUGACCAUACUGAUUAGCUAGGGUUUAAUAAGCACUCACUCGAAACGGUCAGCUUCUUAGAUUAGGUUAGAGUUGUUGCUAUAUUGAAAUCAGUGUUGAAUAAUAAAACUGAGCCAUUGUUUUUAGCAAUCAGUGGAUGUGAAAAAUUUUAGAGCUUUUGAAAAAAAAUGGUAAAUGACGCAUGACUUAAUUGUUCUCUCCAAGUGGACUGUAUGUAUUACAGCAGGUGGUAAAUGCAACCAGGCGCACUGUUGUAUAAUUUUUGUGUCAGCUUAGAAAUGAAGAUGGAUAGAUAGUUUUAAUAAACGCUGUGGCUAUAUGGCCGGUAACUGGUCAAGGUUUUCAAAACACUAAAUGGCCGGCAGUCCUAAUAAUUAUUUCUCAAUAAAUUUGACAAAUCAGAAACUCCAGCUAAUCUAAACUAUCAUAUGUCCAUUUUUAUUUAAGAAAAGUCAAGCGAUCCUGAAAUGCUUCAUAUAUCUCAAGUUUAGUGUUUGGUUUACACUGGGCUCAGAAAAUGAAACCAUGUUUUGUGACACUUAGAACUUUUUUCAGGUCGACUGCCGGUCAAGGUUUUCAUAACACUAAAUGACCAGCAGUCCUGUUUCAGUAAACUUCACAAAUUGAAAAAAUCCAGCUAGACCAAACUAUCAUAUGUCGAGAUCCCAAUCAGCCCAACCAGUUUUGUGGGAAAUUAAUCAUAAAAUGCUGCAUCAAUAGGGAAAAAUUGGUAAAAUUUCCCACCAAUGAAAAGAUCAUGAAAAUAAGCAUGAACAUCAAAAGACUCACUCCCAACAAACUCAUGAUAUAGAAAUCCCACAAUCGGCUGGUUCAGGAUCUUGACAUAAUAUGAUAGUAAUAGGUUAGCUGGAAUUUUCGAUUUGUGAAAUUUACGGAAAAGACAGGACUGCCGGUCAUUUAGUGUUUUGAAAACCUUGACUGGUUACUGGCCAUAUAGCCACAGCGUUUAAUUAAGACUCACUUUGCAGCCUCCUAAGGAUGAAUUGCAUCAAUAAACAAAGAUGGUAUAAUAGACUAACUGGUAAUAACAAUAAUUGUCAUUACUAGUUAUUAUACCAUCUUUGUAUAUUGAUGCAAUUUAUAGUUACAAUAGACCGUUUUACGGAUGCGCAGGCAAUAUUGAAUUAAUUCGAUUUGAGGAGUAUUAUAGGAUGCCCAGGGGGCAUGAGUACAUUUCGUUUGUAUUUUCAAGUGCUUUUCGGCACAAUUUUUCUUAAAGUUUUCUUAGAAUAAGAUUGCAAUGGGGAAACAGAUCCUUGUGUCACGUUUCGAUGUAAUAAUGAUCGCCAUUUUCCCGAGAAAUAUACAGUGAAACACCAUAUUUCUAAUACUAAACGAGAAAAAGGCGAUCAUUAUUACAUCCAAACACGGCGCAAGGAUCUUUUUUCCUAUUAAAAUCUUAUUCUAAGAAAACUUUAAGAAAAUUUGUCCCAAAAAGCACUUGAAAAUACAAAUGAAUGUGCUCAUGCCCCCUGGGCAUCCUAUAAUACUCCUUAAAUUGAAUUAAUUCAAAAUGGCCGCCGUAUCGGGAAAAAGAUCUAUUAUUGUAACUAUGAAUAGGAUAAUAUAAUAACCACCAACUAAUAACUCAUAUGUAAAUAUUUGCAGUAUACACAAUAAAAUUACAGAUGGCCACCAUAAAAAUUUUCAAUAAAGCUACGUGCAAGAGUUCUACUGCUAAGACAUAGAUUGGAUAAAGGUAUUAAAAAAUGCUUGGUGCACAUCUUAGGUUGAGUAAAUUCACACUGUUUCGAAGAUUAUACCCGCUAACAUUCUUUGGUGGUAGUAGAUGGUGCAGCUUAUGCACAGAAUCAGAUACAGUGUACGACUAAUUCAAAUAGUUUGUUGCAUCGUUCAAUGCGUCUGUCCAUAAGAGAACUCAUGUUGUACAAUGUGAGGUUGUCAACAUAUUGAAGGCCGGGAGAUAUUAUUGACAGCGCACGCUUCUGAAUGCCCUCUAAGUCGUUGCUUAAAUACACAGGCAAUGCAUGGUGGUAUAAACUUUAAGGUGCACAGUACUCUAAUACUGGCGUAAUGCAGGUAUGAUAGAAACUGAUGAAAUCACAGGUCAUGACCUUGGCGCGCUUAAGCAAAAUAAGGAAAAACAUUUGCUUAUUGGCCUUCUUGAUUACACCAGGAAUGUGACAAUUCCAUUGAAGGGUGCUAGGUAUAGUUAUGCCUAAUACUUUUGUGUGGUUCACAAGUUCAAGUUCCUUUGAGUUGACAGUAAACGCAUCAAACUAGUAGGUAGGUCUUUUGAAGUCGAUCAACAGUUCCUUACACAUAUCUAAAAAGCAAACAGUUAAUUCUUUGCAACAAGAACCAUGAUUGGUGACCAGGGUGUCCAGUUCCUAUUUUUUCCGAUUUUUUGAACAUGUUCCUAUUUUCUCCUAUUUUUCUUAUUUUUUAGCUAGUGAAGCCAAAAUUUGUAUCAAAAUUGAACAUGGAAUUUUUAGUUGUAUGUAUUUUAAAGUGAGAAUUAUCGUAAAGCAAGUAAUAUGUCGACUUUGAUGUUCUCAUAUCAGCAAAGAUAACAGUUACAUUUGUUCUUUCUACAUCCUCUAUUGCCCAUUAGAGUUCUGUUGACAACUUUGUUAUAUUGUCACUUUUUGUAAAAUUUUUUAGUGCCCCUAUAUGUAUUGUACAUGUAUGUAGCGUUAUAGCUCUUAUGACUAUUGAAUAAUGUUGUGCAUAGCCCACUGAAACUGCAUUUCACAUGAUAUAUUUUAUUUUGAAGUCUUGCUCGCUUUUAUGUUCAUCUUUGAAAGUGAAAACAGGAUCAGGUUGUCCUCUCACAUUACAUAGGUCAGAUAAGUCAUCCUAUCAGCUUCUUGUUUAAAAAACCAAUCACUACAUACCUGGCUGGAUUCUGGAUCCUACAUGAAAAGAACAGACUCAAGUUUAGUUUACGCCACCAGCUCUCUUGGUGAGGCCUUGUUGACAGCUCUACCUAAGCAACUGACGAAGGAUCCAAUAUUUUGUUUGCAGAACCGGUCUUGCAGUCAUAGCUAAGCAGAGUGUUUUGUUCCUCUUAGAACUUAACCAUGACACACUUACAAUCUGGUACCAAAUAGACAAGGGCACCCAAAGACUGUUUUCUGUAAAAUAUCUGUUCGGAGAAGUAAAUAUUGCCUAGAAUUGUCUAUUACUUGAGGACGGCUAAAAAUUUCUAUAUGACCGUUCCAUUCAUGUACAAUUUUCAAAGCUUAUAUUAUAAAUUUGCUACUACUUCCUGAAGUUUAAUUUUCAUAUUUUACUUCCCAAGUUUUGUAAACCUAAAAUUUUCAGAUUUCAAAAUGUCAUGAUGGCAAGAAGAAUAAGAAAAUGCCUCACUUUCAUAAUAUGUCAAAUUGUAUCUUGUAAAAUUUUUGGGAAAAUAAUACUGAAGCCCUUGUAAUUUUUUUAUUCUGAAAAGACUCAAGUUCCGCUAGGAUGACCGAAUAGAUACAAAUUUUAUAGCACCGCUUAGAACGCCUUAAGAAUGUCUAAAGAUCUUAAAGUACUCUGGAUAGCCUUAAUGUUUUCAAGCUAUUUAGGAGGAAACCAUCGUCGGGUGCCCCCGAACAGGUCACUAGAGAGUGGGAGCUUAUUUGAGGAGGGAGUACUUAAUAGAGGAUUUUCGGAUGUGAUUGGCAGCUGCGAAAACCAAACUUGUAAGCUGUCUUUUAAGUCCCGGAAUUUGCAUGUUAUUGAAAAGUAUAGUUGUCUGGAUAGAGUUAGCUGGAUUAAAUGGUUUAAGAAAGUUGAAUAAUAAUGUGUUUAUGUUAUGUUGAAAGGGUGCAAAGGAAGCUACACUUUAUGCCUUUUAAGUGUAAACAGUGUGGCAAGUGUUUUAGCAGAGCAGGAACUCUAAGGAAGCAUAAACUAGUUCACACUGGGGAAAAGCCUUAUGAAUGUAAACACUGUGGCAAUUGUUUUAGCCAAGCAGGAGUCCUAAAGCGUCAUGAAAGAGUUCACGCUGGGGAAAAGCCUUAUGAAUGUAAACGAUGUGGCAAGUGUUUUAGCCAAGGAGGAAACCUGAGGCGUCAUGAAAGAGUUCACACUGGGGAAAAGCCCUAUGAAUGUAAACAGUGUAGCAAGUGUUUUAUGGAAGCAGGAAAACUAAGGAGUCAUGAAAGAGUUCACACUGGGGAAAAGCCAUAUGAAUGUAAACAGUGUGGCAAGUGUUUUAGCUGGUCAGGAAACCUGACAAAACAUGAAAGAGUUCACACUGGGGAAAAGCCUUAUGAAUGUCAACAGUGUAGCAAGUGUUUUAGCGAAGCAGGAAAACUAAGGAUUCAUGAAAGAGUUCACACUGGGGAAAAGCCUUAUGAAUGUCAACAGUGUGGCAAGUGUUUUAGUGUAGCAGGAAAGCUAAAGGUUCAUGAAAGAGUUCACACCGGGGAAAAGCCGUAUGAGUGUAGACAGUGUGUCAGGUUUUUUAGCAAUGCAGGAAACUUGAAAACUCAUCAAAGAGUUCACACUGGGGAAAAACCUUAUAAAUGUAAAACCUGUGGAAAAUGUUUUAGCCAUGGACACACCCUAAAGUAUCAUGAAAGAGUUCACACUGGGGAAAAGCCGCAUGAAUGUAAACAAUGUGGCAAGUGUUUUAACCAAGCAAACAACCUGAGGAUGCAUGAAAGAGUUCACACUGGGGAGAAGUGUAACCUUAAGAGAGGAGGAAGUGAUGUAAGGUCAGGAUUUACAAACGACACACUGUCACAGAUAGAGACUGGAAACAGUGGUAUGGAAGUCAAGCAAUCAGUCAUCACUAAGAAACACAGCUGUUGGGUUUGUCAAGAGGAGAUGGGUAGUGAAGCUCUUCUUCAACAUUACGAAAAUCAUAUGAGCCAUGUAGCUAAAGAUGGCUCGUAAAGAUGACAAACGCUUCGGUCUUUAGGUUUUUUCAAGUUUCGAUUCGGUUUAUAAGGUUUUGCUUUUUAAGUGUAAGGGUCAUAUCAUUAGGUUUACCUUCGAUAAAUCGGUUGAAUUGAAAUGUUCGAAAUAGGAUUAUGAAAAGACAUUACUAAGAAGAGAUUUCACUCUUUACUAAAAGUUGGACAAAGCAGUUUUUCCCACGUGCAAAGGGCUUAUUUUUUUUUGUUAAAACGUCGACUUUUAAGGUGGCUCGAUCCCAUUUAUAUGCGUGUUGGUUAUGUUUUUGAAUCGCGUUUUUCUGCAGGAACGAUUUAACCGAUAUCUAUGACUUUUGGCAUCGUUAGAAAGUGUUAUUCAUUUUCUUGUCAGAAUAAACACGUUUGAGAUGUCGGUAUAUAUUUCAUGGGUAUAUUAUUUUUACAAAUUCUUAAUAGCCGAGCAAGAAUUCAGGGUUCACUGUCUACAAAAAGGCACACCUUGACUCGGCUGCCUCGUACCCAGAUGUCUCUCUCUCGAUGAAAAUGUGCGCGCAAAGGAAGGCGGGAAGGAGACAACGGGCGAGACGUGCUUCGUCUGCCGUCUGUAACCUUCCCAUGAUCCCUUGCGGCUCAUCACCAGUCACUCGCGUUUCGCGCUCGCCUCUACCAUGCGAAAAACGAAGCGCCUGAGGAGGACGCUGGGCUUGCGGUGUUCCAGACUUUUGACUCAUAGCAUCGAGGCAGACCAGCUGAUUUGCUAUUCGCUGAAGCGCAUCUUUCUUUUCCGCAGUGGCUGGCAAGAGACGCCACUAGUUAGGGAGAGACCAGGGGAGACUGGAAACAACUCUUGUGGCUGGCCUGUUACGUCAGCCUUUGACAUAAAAUAAAUUUUGGCGGACAUCUUACGCUGUCCGCACAACGAGGACAAGAUUUCGCAACGAUGAUGUUGCCGACACUCAUGUGGGAUCCUUGAGGGAGACUGUUGUCCUAAGUCGUUGCAAGAAAAGCAGAUUAUUUUAUACUCACAACAUCUUCAGAAAAAGCUAUAGCUUUAUUGCAUUAAGAAUGGAAAAAAUACGUGAAAUAUUGUGAAAAUCACGUUUUCGUGUGGAGGCUAUCAUAUUUGUAUGUUUUUUUCUGGCUGCUUACCUGAGUCGCGCACCAAGCACCACUCAGCAUGGUCGCCUUUUCUCGCGUUACAAGCGGUAGACUUCAUUUUGGAACUAGCACCUUCACGAUUAUCGAGAGGAACAUAAAAGCUAUCUUCAGGGAGUAUUUCAGCUCGUUAUGUUUUGAUUCAGGUAAAAUAUUCAUGAUGAUAAUCUGAAUAAUUUUUAGUUGCAGACCAAGGACCACAUACUGUAUUGUUUUAUUUUCACUUGACACUUUUACAAUUAAAUGUGGUUGAAAAGUUCACUGUACAGUUAAAACUGUUGUUUUUUUUCUUACUUCCAACUAUUUGCUUUGAGCUCCCAAUAACUCGAACCCCUGAAUUAAAUUGGGUGGCGAAUGUAAAAAUGCUAGUUUCUCAAAACUCAAGAUUCAGUUUUUGCGUUUCGAAACUCGAUUCAUUCGAGGCUCGAGUAGUGCUCCAGUUUUGUCUCGUCACGCAUCGCUCCAGGCAGGUACCGAAGGUAUUCAUCUGAGAUAGAGCUGACUUAAUUAUAAUUGUCAUAGCAGAACACAACUUCAAUUAAGAGUGCCGGCAACUUUGUGGACUUGGGAUGGGCCAAUUUAUUUUGGCUUGGGUCCUCUUUUUUCUACCUUUUUUAAAGCUGAAGCAGUCCAAAACAACACGUGACUCAAACUGUUAUUGAUUUGUUGGAUGCUUCAUGUAAGUGCUGUAUGGUGAUACUAAAGCUAAUAAUGCAAGAAAUGGUUGUGAUUAGAAUGGAUACCUCAAAUUUAGAUCGCCAUCUUCCCUCAAAAUGCAUGAUAGUCUCUUGUCGCUAACAAGUAGUAUUUAGGAGAAGAAAAAAACGGAAGGUAGUACAUCGGACUUAAACCAGCAUCAUUUGAUGUAUAAUCCAUAUGUUUUUAAAACAGCGCUUAACCCUAGUCACUGUUCUUUAUUGCUAAACCCUGUAUUCAACUCUUUUCCAUGCACAACUGUCUCUUACUCUGAUUUCCCACUUUUCUUAAUGUGACCAAUAAGUUUGCAUAAAUAUAGUUUAGCAUGCUAUGAGUAUAACGAUGUGUACUAAACAUAAAUAUAUAAACCUCUUUUUCUCCAAUGAUGUUUACAAAGACUCCUUUCCUUUUUUCUCAAGCUUUGUGCUCAUUCUUCUGCGCUGCUUGGUUUUUGCUCUCUGCAGGCGUCAAAUAGAUAAAAAAACAAACAAUGUCUGUGGGCAGGCAUUCACCUCUCAGAACAAAAGUAUUUAUUAUUCAUCACUCGUAAAAACUUAAGUGCAACACUCACAAUUUCUGUUGUUUGCACAUCACUUAAGUACAGACUUAAAAAAAAAUCAUAAGUGAAGGCCUAUCAUAAGUGUAAUCUUGCCUAUACUCUCCUAGUGGAUUUUAUGUGUUGCAAGUGCGAAAUGCAACCAAAAUCCCAGGGGCUGGGAAUUUCCCUGAGCUUCAAAAUGAACAUGACUCACCAAAGGGAAAUUAGAUUCAUUUUGAAAAUUACAGUAUUUACUCAAAUAUUUAAGAGCUGUGGCAAUAAUCAAGUCUUAACUGCAGCACUUAUUCACGGGCAGUGUUUAUCCAAGAGUUAGUAGCAGCAAAGAAUUGUUUUAUUAAUAAUUGUUCCUAUUAAUAUUUUCAAUGUAAACUAUUAAGCUAAUAGAAUUAAUUUUUUUGUUAGCAUCUAAGCCACUUUAUUUAAACCUUGCUGUCCCAAAUGCAGUGCUUAUUUGAGAAGGGCAUUUAAUCUGGGGUGCCACGGGUGCCUAUUACGCAGGCUCCAGAGUGCCAUAUAUUCCAGUAGAUAAGGUGCUGAUUUAAUGGCUUUUUUGAGAUUUAUCUUAGAAGGGGUGCCAUAGGUGUGAAAUGGAGGGAUGCAAGGGCACUUGGGUAGGGACUGGGAUGGUAUGUUACAGGUCCAAAUUAUUAAAUUCAGAUGAAAGAUGGUAAAGUCAAUUCACUGUUACCUUCCAACAUUAUUUCUCUGGUCAAGUACAAAAACGAAAAAAAACACUAUGGUAACAGAAAUUUACCAGACUUGUCAAAAUAAUCAUGAGCAACUCUUCUCACUGACAGAUUUAAGACACUUAUUUUAUCAGUUGUUGUUCUGGUUAUUGUGUGGGAAACUCCCUGUUAUGAACCUUUGUUCAGUAGCCUGUGAGCAAGCUCUCUGAGUCACAGGUGGAGCUCUUGGGUUGGGGGAGAAUGAAAUCAAUCGAGCCAAAAGUAUUUGUCAUAACUUCCUUACCAUACAGUAUGGUGAUCAUGGUAAACAACAUGUCUCAAUUGCCUCAUUGCUCUUAUGAAUUAAAUAAAACAGUAAAAAACACAACUGUAAAUACCUUCUUAGGUUCUUUAUUGUUGUCAUUACUUUGGUAUUUUGUAGGUAUCCUCAAUUACUUUACAUUUGCAAACAAGAAUAACAUAACAAGUUGAUAAAGUUUAUUAUUAUUAGCAUUGAAAAAACAGUAAUAUUUUAUUAUCUUUGCAGUAGACAUUCUAAAUUAAAUUACUUUUGGGUUUAUCAAUAUCUCAUGGCAGUGUCUCUUUUAUUUAGCUGCAUUUAAUGGUUUCUUAAAGUUGAUUGUUAAUGUUUUUAUUUUCUGUUGAAGAGAAACAAUGGAAGCGACACUACAUACUCCAUGUCUUUUAAAGUGCAAACAGUGUGGAAAGUGCUUUAGCCAAGCAGGAAGCUUAAAAACUCAUGAAAGAGUUCACACUGGAGAAAAGCCUUAUGGAUGUAAACAGUGUGACAAAUGUUUUAGCCAAGCAGUUCACCUAAGGAAUCAUGAAAGAGUUCACACUGGGGAAAAGCCCUAUAAAUGUAAACAGUGUGGCAAGUGUUUUAGCCAAGCUGGAAAACUUAGGAUUCAUGAAAGAGUCCACACUGGGGAAAAGCCAUAUAAAUGUAAACAGUGUGACAAGUGUUUCCGCCAAAAAGGAAGUCUAACAUGUCAUGAAAGAGUUCACACUGGGGAAAAGCCAUAUGAAUGUAAACAGUGUGGCAAUUGUUUUAGCCAUGCUGGAAGCCUUAGGAUUCAUGAACGAGCUCACACUGGGGAAAAGCCUUAUGAAUGUAAACAGUGUGGCAAGUGUUUAGGCGAUGCAGGAGGCCUAAGGAUUCAUGAAAGAGUUCAUACUGGGAAAAAGCCUUAUCAAUGUAAACAAUGUGGCAAGUGUUUUAGCCGAUCAAGAGACCUAAUGAGACAUGAAAGAGUUCACACUGGGGAAAAGCCCUAUGAAUGUAAUCAGUGUGACAAGUGUUUUAGCCAAGAAGUUCAACUAAGAAGACAUGAAAGAGUUCACACUGGGGAAAAGCCCCACAAAUGCAAACAGUGUGACAAGUGUUUUAGCGAAGCAGGAAAGCUAAGGAUUCAUGAAAGAGUUCACACUGGGGAAAAGCCGUAUGAAUGCAAACAGUGUGGCAAUUGUUUUAGCGAAUCAAGGAGGCUAAAGAUUCAUGAAAGACUCCACACUGGGGAAAAGCCGUUUGAAUGUAAACAGUGUGGCAAGUCUUUUAGCGAAGCAGGAAAACUAAGGGUUCAUGAGAGAGUUCACACUGGGGAAAAGCCUUAUGAAUGUAAACAGUGUGGCAAGUGUUUUAGCCGAUCAGGAGACCUGAUAAGACAUGAAAGAGUUCACACUGGGGAAAAACCUUAUGAAUGUAAACAGUGUGGCAAGUGUUUUCACCAAUCAGGAGCGCUAAGGAGACAUAACAGAGUUCACACUGGGGAAAAGCCUUAUGAAUGUAAACAGUGUGGCAAGUGUUUUAGUGAAUCAGGAAAGCUAAAGAUUCAUGAGAGAGUUCACACUGGGGAAAAGCCGUUUGAAUGUAAACAGUGUGGCAAGUCUUUUAGCCGAUCAGGAGACCUGAGAAGACAUGAAAGAGUUCACACUGGGAAAAAGCCUUAUGUAUGUAAACAGUGUGGCAAGUGUUUUAACGAAGCAGGAAAGCUAAGGAUUCAUGAAAGAGUUCACACUGGGGAGAAGCCAUUUGAAUGUAAACAGUGUGGCAAGUGUUUUAUUGAAGCAGGAAAGCUAAAGAUUCAUGAAAGAGUUCACAGUGGGGAAAAGCCGUUUGAAUGUAAACAGUGUGGCAAGUGUUUUAGCCAAUCAGGAGACCUAAAGAGACAUGAAAGUGCUCACACUGGGGAAAAGGCUUAUGAAUGUAAACAAGUGGUUUUGUCAAUCAGGACACUUUUAGAGUCACUCAAAGUCCACAGCAAAAAAAGGUCACAUAAAUGUGAUAGUAACAAGGGUCUUUUUAAGAGUUUGCAUUGUAAGGUUAAGAGGGCAGGAUUGACUAACAGGACACUGUUAGACAGCAUCUGUCAAGAGGAGAUGAGUAGUGAAUCUCUUCUUCUUCAUUAUUAUGAAAACCAUAUGAGGCAUGUUGCUGUAGAACACUCACAAAAUUAACAAAUGCUCGAGUCUGAGUGUUGUUAAAUUUUGUUUGGUUUUUGUUGGGUUUGCAUUUACAUGUAAGCUGCAUAAACUAUCUGUUUUGUCACCUUUGAUUAAUUGGUUGCGUUGAGUUUGAAUUGUGUUUCCCGUAAAUGGGUUUUAAAAAAGUUCUUGAAAUAUAUUAAUGUUGACGGUUUUGUACAUUGGCAAUUCAAUUUGUUGGUGAUCUUUUAAUAAUUCUAGUGACAAUCACACCACUAGUGAAAUUAGAUGAUAAAGAAAAUGUUCAGACUUUGAGCGCUGAGGUCGUUGCUUGAUGGAUCAAAGAACUGCCAUUCUCCUGCCAGUCCUAAUAGAUAAAAAAUUUCGGAUUUAAACUGAAAGGAGGAGAUCUUUCUUACACUCCUCGGAUUGUUGGUACAGGCUACUUUUUUACUUUAUAUACCUUUUUUAUAUUAUCUAAACCCGUAGAGUAGCUUUUCUUCAGAGAUAAUAAAGCGCUUUUAUGCUUCAUACAAUGAGUAGGUUGUCAAAUGUUAGACUACGAGUAGUACCCCAUUUUUCCUCAGGGAUAGUAGAGCGAGCGAAACGCGAGGGCGUGUGAAAAUCACCCGACGCGAGAAAAGGCGACACGCUUUUUCUCGCGAGGGGUGAUUUUCACGCGCGCUCGCAUUUCGCUAGCUCUACUAUCCCUGAGGAAAAAUUGGGGACUACUCGUAGCCUAGUCAAAUGUUGCCAAGAGUUGUGCAAAGCUACCUUUAUAGGUGUUAUACCUUUGAUGUUCUAAACAUCGCUUUUGGUUGCUGAAUUUUGUCACCCAUCCGGGUGAAUUUUGUCACCCAAUAGCACUAUGUGUUUUGUUUACGUGACCCACGAACUGAUGCACAAAAUCAGGCUAAGUAAUAAAGUGUGGCACUCUUUCAUUUUAGUUCACCCCCUACUCAACCGACCCCCAAAUCAUGUGAACGUGAAUCAAAGCCGAAAAAAAAUAGUCCCUUAGUUUUGUUUACGUGACCCGAGAAUUGAUGCACACAAUCAGGCUAAGUGAUAAAGUAUGGGAACCUUUUAUCUUGGUUCACGUUAACGUGAAUCAAAGCUGAAAAAAUUGUCCCUUGUGUGUUGUUUACGUGACACGUAAACGGAUGCACGCAAUCAGGCCAAAUAAUUAGGUAUGGGACCCUUUCAUCUUGGUUCCCCCCUACUAAACCGACCGGCCCCUAAAUUAUAACGUAACCAAUGGACCAAUGUACAAGAUAAGUAGUGGUAGAGGGGUGAUUUACUCCGUUUUGGUGCCUAGCAAGUGCCUAGUCCUGCAUACUAAUUUUAUAAGUGUCUAGUCAGCGUCCAGCUAACUAGAUAAAAUUGCGUUCCUUCACACUAAUCGAAGUUUGACCGGUUUUUGAAAUAUGUUCAUCGUGACAUUGACCGUCCUAUUGAUUGGCUCCGCCAGAAGAAGUUGGAGCCUGGUUGCCCUGUGGCUUUCCCAGUUCCCAAGUAAAUGGUCAUAAUUUGUCCUGUCAUCUGCGCUGUUUUUUCUUUUUGGACUGCCUCCGGUUUUCGUUCCUUUUUGUGAAAUUGCCUCGUUUUUUGUUGCUGUUUGCGAGUAGGCGAGGUUCGAUACCUCAGCGAGUUUGGCGGACGGGUUCCCCCUCCAUACAGGAGCCGAUUACUAAGUAAUCGGCUCCUGCUCCAUACUGUUUUUGUGCUGCUGUGUGUGUGUGGCUGUUGCUAGGAUGUCGUUUAGCGCCAUUGCACUCACCCCACCGAGGGGGCGGCCACUCACCUUAAAUAUAAAAGAGGUUAGUCUUUUCCUCGAGAUAGAACGAAGAAAACCAUGGUCAGCAUAAUACACAUUGUACUGUCGCAAUUUGUAAUAAUCAUCGCACUUUGUAAUACCUGUCGCAGUUUGUAAUAAAUUCAUCGCAAUUUGUAAUACUUGUCACAAUUUGUAAUAAACCGUGUCACACUUUGAAAUGAAAAAGCUGUCGCAAUUUGUAAUAACUGUCCAUCGCACUUUGUAAUAAACUAACCUGUUGCAAAAAAGCCUUUAAAGAUCUAAUUUCCAGCCCCCUUUCAAUUUAGGCGCUCGGUCAAUAUAUUUUGCGUUAUACUGUGUAAUGAAAUGUUUUUAGGAGGUAAAAAGAUAAUUUACAUCAACUGCAGUGAUUAACAGUUCAGCAGAGGUAGUAGGGAGGGUGGAUAAAGUCUUGAUCCUUAUAAAGCUACUCCGUUGAAAAUUUAAUGUACGGACCGGUGUUCACGCGUUUCUUUAUUUAUUGGUACUAUUAUUAUUAUUAUGCCUUUUUGGGGGGGGGGGCUUGUCGUCUCCCGGGAGUUUCCAACUACAGUCUUGUAAGCGAUCGCAUGGUAAAGCAAUAGGGGGUUGUUCCUUACAAGAGCUUCAGAAAGUAAUUGCGCAUAAAGAAAAAACAAAAGAAAAUACUGUUUAAUAAGUAUCUUUAUAUAAGCUUAUAUACACACGGCUAAACUUUACGUCCAAUUUUUACCACUAUCGAAGACUGCACUCUCAUCGAAGUUUUGAUUUAUAUCAAAACAACUCUCGCUUUUAUACGAGCGCUUAAAAACGAAGUCCAAGGAACCCAAAGGUCCAGUUGGGUAAUUCCAAAAGAGGUCGCAGUCGCUUACGAGAGCUUUUCAUUACAAAGUUUAAGCAUGGAUAAUAGUGAUGGUUUAAGUCACAGUUCUAACGGGGUUUCACCCGGGGGUUUCACAAAUGUGGUAGUAACUAUUGGUCGCUUACGAGUUACAAGAGUGGUCGAAAGGAGAGUUUCGACUGUCCUCAUGCACGUUAUUAGACUUUCUCAAAGUCAUUCGCUUCCCAUUUCCGGUUCAGGUAGUUGGCCCAAAAAACAUGAAAAAUCUUCCCGCUCGCGCUUCGUGCUCGUGAAAAAAAUUGAGCUCGACUUGUCAGGGGCACUCAACGACGGUUUUCUCCUAAAUGCAUUGAAAACACUUUUUAGACUAUCCAAAGUACUUUUAGAUCUUUAGAAAUACAUUUUCUUUCGGCGCUAUAAAAAUUUAUAUCUGUUCGGUCAUCCUAGGGCAAUUUGAAUCUUUUCGAAAUUACAAAGGCUUGAGUAUUAUUUUCCCGAAAAUUUUAAAUGCAAUUUAAAGUUUUACGAAAGUGAGAAUUUUUCUGAUUUCUCUUUCCUUCGCAUUUUCGAAUCCGAAAAUUUUAGGUUUCUUUUUCUGUGAAAAAUAGCUUAAUCCGUGGAGUGAAAUGCAAAAACUAAAACUUCAGAAAAUGAAAGGGGAUUAUUAGAUAAACUUCGAUAAUAUACAUGAAUGAAAAAGUCAUCUAGAAAUUCUGAGCCUUCCUCAAGGUAUAGAAAAUUCUAGGCAAUUUUUGCUUCUCCUAACAGAUAUUUUACAGAAAACAGCCUUUGAGUGCCCCUCACUUCGGUUGUUUGGCAAGACUAGCACGUUGUACGUGCCUAAGUUUUGUCCGAGCCAGUCUGAGUACUACUUUUUGGGUAGGUAGGUCAUGUACUGGAACAUUAAAUAUAAACAGACGGACAGUUUUUCUCCACUUACACGAAGUAGUACCCUCCUAGUCUCUCUUCACUCAGAGUCUCGACUUUCGAUCCACAACUCCGAAACCCAAUAACCAAGGUAAGAGAAGCUUUUCAUUACACGACAUAUACAACUUAGAAUGGCUUAAGUGGCAGGUUUGAACGAAACAACACCAAAGAUGAGCACAGAGAUUGACAUGACUCGAGGGUUCACCCUUAUUUAUCUGUUCUUACAAAUGUAGCGAAUUUCGUAUUUAUUUGACUCGUAGCCCUGAGUUUUGAGCUUUUCCAACUCUUAAAUUCCGAUUUGUACAUAACUCAGUCUUGAUGUUAUGGGGUAACCGGUCUUUUAGAUACAUAGUCGCUCGCAUAACUGUUUUACACUGCCAGUUCAUGGACUGUGGUGAAGUUUAUAGAUUAGGUUUGGAAAACUGAGUGAAUCACGUUCCAUUAAUCAUUACAGUUGAUUCCCGAUAACUCGAACCAUCGCUAACUCGAACCUCGCGCUAACUCAAACCAAAAUCGAUUUCCCAAGGAUUUCCUUUAUUGCUGGUUUGCACUUGACGUCACGGCAGCCGUGUUGGUGGUCAAGAACAAAAGCAUUUCUCUCCUCUGGGAACUAAACUCUAUUUUCAUGUUUAUUCUUCGAGAAAAAUUUCUAUUGUAUUGACCCCCCAACAUGGCCACCUUGUCAUGUGUUUGCAAACCAAGAAUGCAUUUACUGUAAUUUUACCCUCGGUAAUUCGAACCUUUGAUAACUUGAACCUCCCGCUAACUCAAAGUCAUUUUUGCUUUCUCUCAGAUCAUUUGUAUAUAUUUUUAUCCUUGAUAACUCGAACCAUGUUUUGGUUAUACAAGUCGGAAAAUAAAACAGCAUACUGGCGUCCGAAAUUUUGAAUUUCCCAUUGAUGUGCACAUCCUCGGAGACCCAGGGGCAGAAAGUGGAGGCAAGGGAAAGUCUAAACGAGCGGAAAAAUAUACAUGUAACGAAGAAAAGUAAAGAACGGCGAGAAGAGCCCCUGGGGACAAUGUCUUACCAGACCAGUUCCAAACCGUCGCCGCCGUUCUGACUUCUGAUUGGUGCCAGAAAAACACAAGUUUUCUGGCACCAAUCAGAAGCCAGAACGGCGGCGACCGUUUGGAACUGGUCUGGUAAGACAUUGUCCCCAGGGGCUCUUCUCGCCGUUCUUUACUUUUCUUUUGUGCUACACUUUCCCGCCUGUUUAGACUUUCCCUCGCCCCCACUAUCUGCCCCUGGGUCUCCGAGGAUGUGAUGUGCACUACUUAGGCUAUGUUUUGUUACGUUAUUUCUGAUUUAUAAUCGAGAAGUACAGUAUGUGGCCCAUGGUCCGUGAGGUCCUUGGUCUGCGACUUUUCCAAAAAUGAUAAAAUAUAUCGUCGAGAAAAAAAAAUAUGGAGAAUAAUUAAAGAUAUCGUGAUUUACUGAUUAGCAUUCUUUCAUAUGAUGACGUUUUGGUUUUCUUGCUAUGGGUGAAGGCAUGAAAUUAAAGUUUGUUGACAGGUAGGUUUAAUUUGUCUUUUUUGAAGUUUGGACUUUUGCAGCACCGCAAAUUACAUGGUCAUGUUUACUUAGCUUGUGAAUAAAAAACGAAACAGGAAGAUGUGCCUUUUUGCAGAACAGGUUUUCAGGUCAACCUAUUUCUGCUGUUGGAAGCAUAUUGCUGCAGACUUUGAAUUUUUUGUCUUAUCGACUCUCGAAAAAUAUCACCAAAGUUCGCUAGUGGUCCUUGGUCUGCAACUUAUGACCUUGGUUGAAUAAAACUUCGCAAAAUAAAAAGUGACGGCCUUUAUUUUCGAAUAAUGUUUUAAAAAUCUUCCCUAUACAUGCCUACAAGUACUCUUAUUUAAAUAUCGUAAAAUUCCGAAAAUAAACCCCUCCAUGUACAAGCCCUUCCAAAUAUAAGCCCCCCAAACCAGUAACGCAAAAAACCCUCCGUUAAAUUGCCCCUCCAAAUAUAAGCCCCCCGGGGGCUUGUACUUGGAAAAUUGCCCUCAAAUACCAAGUAAAACAAAGCAAAAACGGUAAAUUUACUUCCAACUACAAGGCUAGCCCAAUCGAGUUUGAAACGCAAAUUUCCCUCCGUAGAUAAGCCCCUCCAAAAAUAAGCCCCUCAAAAAGGGCCUUUGAAAAAUAUAAGCCCCGGGGCUUAUUUUCGGAAUUUUACGGUACCUCGAACGCAUACAGAGUUUUAAGUAAUUAUUUUCGACCACGCUGAAAACCACUCGUUGACGCUCGUGUGGGAGCCUUGAGGGAGACUGUUGUCCUAAGUCGUUGCAAGAAAAGCAGAUUAUUUUAUACUCACAACAUCUUCCGAAAAAGCUAUAGCUUUAUUGUAUUAAGAAUGGAAAAAAUACGUGAAAUAUUGUGAAAACACGUUUUCGUGUGGAAGCUAUCAUAUUGUUAUGUUUUUUUCUGGCUGCUUACCCGAGUCGCGUACCAAGGACCAUUGAGCAUGGUCGCCUUUUCUCGAGUUACAAGCGGUAGACUUCAUUUUGGAACUAGCACCUUCACGAUUAUCGAAAGGAACAUAAAAGCUAUCUUCAGGGAGUAUUUCAGCUCGUUAUGUUUUGAUUCAGGUAAAAUAUUCAUGAUGAUAAUCUGAAUAAUUUUUAGUUGCAGACCAAGGACCACAUACUGUAUUGUUUUAUUUUCACUUGACACUUUUACAAUUAAAUGUGGUUGAAAAGUUCACUGUACAGUUAAAACUGUUGUUUUUUUCUUACUUCCGACUAUUUGCUUCGAGCUCCCAAUAACUCGAACCCCUGAAUUAAAUUGGGUGGCGAAUGUUUCGAAACUCCAUUCAUUCGAGGCUCGAGUAUUGCUCCAGUUUUGUCUCAUCACGCAUCGCUCCUUAAGCCUUCCCAACUUAUCUAGGAAGAUCGAAAGGCCUCUGUUCGCAGGGUAUAAAUUGAUAAACAACAACUUCUUCAAAGACAGAUCUUUCCAGGGAUGCCUCAUUUUGGAGAUACGUCAUUUUGGAUAUUCUGACCAAUCCUGAAGGGAGAGAGAGAAAGAUCGAAAUAGAUUUCCAAAAGAAGGACCAAAUUUUGGCUUUUUGGGCAUGCGUGAAAAACAAAUAAGCUGUUUUCUUACAUCAGAUUAGUAAAAAAAUAUGCCUUUUUUCUUGCAAAACUUGCCAUUCUUAUGCUAAUUAGCCAAAAACCAGUCCAAAGAAGAGGAAUUGGUGAAAAACGCGGUUUUUUUGCCACUCGCUGGCUGUAACCAAAGAGUUAAUAAGGUUACCAAUCUUUUUUAAUUGGGCUCCUAGAAAUGCGGCUCGGGCUCUUAACUUUGUAUUUUAGGAGCCUGAAGGGCUCCCAAAAUCAGUCGUAGCCUGUUAAUGUGGGGGAUCUAUUUACCACAAGGGCAAGGGAGUAGGGGUUGGGAAUAGAGAAAAUAGAUGGCCUGUCAACAUCUUUUGAAGCAACUGAAAUUUGGUUUUCCCAGGAAGUGCAAAUUGCCUUUACAACUAAAAGGGGAUUAUCCUGUCAACGUCAUAUUCACAACUUGUAAUGCUCAUACAUGUAUGAUGCAAGCCGAAGUGCUUGUUAGCACCACAAGGCUUAUACCUGUUUACUUAAUACAAUCCACUCUCUUUUACUGGACACAUCUAUACUAAGACCGACACCUGCUUUUGGUCCCUGCCGUUUUUCAGUCAUUUUACUGUAACUAUACUCUCUAGAAGACGGGCACUUCUCUAAGACGGAUAAAAAUAGGCACUUUUAAGAGAAGUGCUUUAUAUAGUAAAAAUUACCUCAAAAUAAAACUGUAGGUGAUCUACAUGACAGUAAAUAGCAAAAUGUUUGACGUUUUCAAAUGUAGUCUUGUUCCAGUUUGCAUAGUGUAUACUGUUACCCUUUUAGACCAUGAAGCCAAAAAUGUUUGCAUGUAAUUGCACAAUGUAAAAAUACUCUCCUCUUUUCUAUCACAUUGCUUUAGUUUAAGCUGUUUUGUACAAAUUAAACAUACGUACAUUCAGCUUUAAAAUUGCUGGUGUCAUGUUACAUGUACCUUAACUAUCUAUAAGUCAGACACCUCUCUAAGACAAACAGUCCAGGCAGGUACCGAAGGUAUUCAUCUGAGAUAGAGCUGACUUAAUUAUAAUUGUCAUAGCAGAACACAACUUCAGUUAAGAGUGCCGGCAACUUUGUGGACUUGGGAUGGGCCAAUUUAUUUUGGCUUGGGUCCUCUUUUUUCUACCUUUUUUAAAGCUGAAGCAGUCCAAAACAACGCGUGACUCAAACUGUUAUUGAUUUGUUGGAUGCUUCAUGUAAGUGCUGUAUGGUGAUACUAAAGCCAAUAAUGCAAGAAAUGGUUGUGAUUAGAAUGGAUGCCUCAAAUUUAGAUCACCAUCUUCUCUCAAAAUGCAUGAUAGGAGUCUCAAUACUCUAAAAAGUAGUAUUUAGGAGAAGAAAAAAACGGAAGGUAGUACGUUGGACUUAAACCAGCAUCAUUUGAUGUAUAAUCCAUAUGUUUUUAAAACAGUGUUUAACCCUAGUCACUGUUCUUUAUUGCUAAACCCUGUAUUCAACUCUUUUCCAUGCACCACUGUCUCUUACUCUGAUUUCCCCACUUUUCUUAAUGUGACCAAUAAGUUUGCAUAAAUAUAGUUUAGCAUGCUAUGAGUAUAAUGAUGUGUACUAAACAUAAAUAUAUAAACCUCUUUUUCUCCAAUGAUGUUUACAAAGACUCCUUUCCUUUUUUCUCAAGCUUGGUGCUCAUUCUCCUGCGCUGCUUGGUUUUUGCUCUCUGCAGGCGUCAAAUAGAUAAAAAAAGAAACAAUGUCUGUGGGCAGGCAUUCACCUCUCAGAACAAAAGUAUUUAUUAUUCAUCACUCGUAAAAACUUAAGUGCAACACUCACAAUCUCUGUUGUUUGCACAUCACUUACGGUAAGUACAGACUUAAAAAAAAUCAUAAGUGAAGGCUAUCUUGCCUAUACUCUCCUAGUGGAUUUAAUGUGUUGCAAGUGCGAAAUGCAACCAAAAUCCCAGGGGCUGGGAAUUUCCCUGAGCUUGGGUAGGGACUGGGAUGGUAUGUUACAGGUCCAAAUUAUUAAAUUCAGGUGAAAGAUGGUAAAGUCAAUUCACUGUUACCUUCCAACAUUAUUUCUCUGGUCAAGUACAAAAAAGAAAAAAAAAACUACAGUAACAGAAAUUUACCAGACUUGUCAAAAUAAUCAUGAGCAACUCUUCUCACUGACAGAUUUAAGACACUUAUUUUGUCAGUUGUUGUUCUGGUUAUUGUGUGGGAAACUCCCUGUUAUGAACCUUUGUUCAGUAGCCUGUGAACAAGCUCUCUGAGUCACAGGUGGAGCUCUUGGGUUGGGGGAGAAUGAAAUCAAUCAAGCCAUAAGUAUUUGUCGUAACUUCCUUACCAUACAGUAUGGUGAUCAUGGUAAACAACAUGUCUCAAUUGCCUCAUUGCUCUUAUGAAUUGAAUAAAACAAUAAAAAAAACACAACUGUAAAUACCUUCUCAGGUUCUUUAUUGUUAUCAUUACUUUGGUAUUUUGUAGGUAUCCUCAAUUACUUUAUAUUUGCAAACAAGAAUAACAUAACAAGUUGAUAAAGUUUAUUAUUAUUAUCAUUGAAAAAACAGUAAUGUUUUAUUAUCUUUGCAGUAGACAUUCUAAAUUAAAUUACUUUUGGGUUUAUCAAUAUCUCAUGGCAAUGUCUCUUUUAUUUAGCUGCAUUUAAUGGUUUCUUAAAGUUGAUUGUUAAUCUUUUUCUUUUCUGUUGAAGAGAAACAAUGGAAGCGACAGUACGUAGUCCAUGUCUUUUAAAGUGUAAACAGUGUGGAAAGUGCUUUAGCCAAGCAGGAAGCUUAAAAACUCAUGAAAGAGUUCACACUGGAGAAAAGCCUUAUGAAUGUAAACAGUGUGACAAAUGUUUUAGCCAAGCAGUUCACCUAAGGAAUCAUGAAAGAGUUCACACUGGGGAAAAGCCCUAUAAAUGUAAACAGUGUGGCAAGUGUUUUAGCCAAGCUGGAAAACUUAGGAUUCAUGAAAGAGUCCACACUGGGGAAAAGCCAUAUAAAUGUAACCAGUGUGACAAGUGUUUCUGCCAAAAAGGAAGUCUAACAUGUCAUGAAAGAGUUCACACUGGGGAAAAGCCAUAUGAAUGUAAACAGUGUGGCAAUUGUUUUAGCCAUGCUGGAAGCCUUAGGAUUCAUGAAAGAGCUCACACUGGGGAAAAGCCUUAUGAAAGUAAACAGUGUGGCAAGUGUUUAGGCGAUGCAGGAGGCCUAAGGAUUCAUGAAAGAGUUCAUACUGGGAAAAAGUGUUAUCAGUGUAAACAAUGUGGCAAGUGUUUUAGCCGAUCAAGAGACCUAAUGAGACAUGAAAGAGUUCACACUGGGGAAAAGCCCUAUGAAUGUAAUCAGUGUGACAAGUGUUUUAGCCAAGAAGUUCAACUAAGAAGACAUGAAAGAGUUCACACUGGGGAAAAGCCCCACAAAUGCAAACAGUGUGACAAGUGUUUUAGCGAAGCAGGAAAGCUAAGGAUUCAUGAAAGAGUUCACACUGGGGAAAAGCCGUAUGAAUGCAAACAGUGUGGCAAUUGUUUUAGCGAAUCAAGGAGGCUAAAGAUUCAUGAAAGACUCCACACUGGGGAAAAGCCGUUUGAAUGUAAACAGUGUGGCAAGUCUUUUAGCGAAGCAGGAAAACUAAGGGUUCACGAAGGAGUUCACACUGGGGAAAAGCCUUAUGAAUGUAAACAGUGUGGCAAGUGUUUUAGCCGAUCAGGAGACCUGAUAAGACAUGAAAGAGUUCACACUGGGGAAAAACCUUAUGAAUGUAAACAGUGUGGCAAGUGUUUUCACCAAUCAGGAGCGCUAAGGAGACAUAACAGAGUUCACACUGGGGAAAAGCCUUAUGAAUGUAAACAGUGUGGAAAGUGUUUUAGUGAAUCAGGAAAGCUAAAGAUUCAUGAGAGAGUUCACACUGGGGAAAAGCCGUUUGAAUGUAAACAGUGUGGCAAGUCUUUUAGCCGAUCAGGAGACCUGAGAAGACAUGAAAGAGUUCACACUGGGAAAAAGCCUUAUGUAUGUAAACAGUGUGGCAAGUGUUUUAACGAAGCAGGAAAGCUAAGGAUUCAUGAAAGAGUUCACACUGGGGAGAAGCCAUUUGAAUGUAAACAGUGUGGCAAGUGUUUUAUUGAAGCAGGAAAGCUAAAGAUUCAUGAAAGAGUUCACAGUGGGGAAAAGCCGUUUGAAUGUAAACAGUGUGGCAAGUGUUUUAGCCAAUCAGGAGACCUAAAGAGACAUGAAAGUGCUCACACUGGGGAAAAGGCUUAUGAAUGUAAACAAGUGGUUUUGUCAAUCAGGACACUUUAAGAGUCACUCAAAGUCCACAGCAAAAAAAGGUCACAUAAAUGUGAUAGUAACAAGGGUCUUUUUAAGAGUUUGCAUUGUAAGGUUAAGAGGGCAGGAUUGACUAACAGGACACUGUUAGACAGCAUCUGUCAAGCGGAGAUGAGUAGUGAAUCUCUUCUUCUUCAACAUUAUGAAAACCAU